GGGACCCAGGCACUGUGCCCAUCCCCCCUGCCAUGUGGGAACUGCGGUCAACCUCCUUCUGGAGGGCCAUAUUUGCUGAGUUCUUUGGCACCCUCUUCUAUGUCUUCUUUGGACUGGGGGCCUCACUGCAUUGGGCUCCUGGACCCCUGCAUGUCCUGCAGGUGGCUCUGGCUUUUGGCCUCGCCCUGGCUACACUGGUGCAGGCUGUGGGCCACAUCAGUGGAGCCCACGUCAAUCCUGCAGUCACUUUUGCCUUCCUUGUGGGCUCCCAGAUGUCCCUGCUCCGUGCCUUCUGCUAUAUGUUAGCCCAGCUCCUGGGAGCUGUGGCGGGGGCUGCUGUGCUGUAUAGUGUUACCCCGUCUGCCGUCCGAGGAAACCUAGCACUCAACACGUUGCACCCUGGGGUGAGCGUGGGCCAGGCCACAAUGGUGGAGAUCUUCCUGACGCUCCAGUUCGUGCUCUGCAUCUUUGCCACAUACGACGAGAGGCGGAAUGGCCGCCUGGGCUCCGUGGCGCUGGCUGUUGGCUUCUCCCUCACCCUGGGGCACCUCUUUGGGAUGCAUUAUACUGGUGCAGGCAUGAAUCCUGCCCGCUCCUUUGCUCCUGCCAUUCUCACCCGGAACUUCACCAACCACUGGGUGUACUGGGUGGGCCCAAUCAUCGGAGCGGGUCUGGGCAGCCUUCUCUACGACUUUCUCCUCUUCCCCCGGCUCAAGAGUGUUUCUGAGAGACUGUCUAUUCUCAAGGGUGUCAGACCCACUGACCCCAAUGGACAACAAGAGGUCACGGGGGAACCUGUUGAACUGAAGACCCAGGCACUGUAAAAGCUCCAUCUGGAGAGAGGGAGUAGAAAGCUUCUGGGUUUACGUGGAGGGGCUGAUCCAGCCUCUGGAUGAAGAAAGAGACUGUGGGGAGGGGCAUGUAUUUC